UCAACCUUUGCGAAAUGAAUUCGGUAACAACUUCAUUUUUAUGGAUGAUAAUGCAAGGCCACAUAGAGCGAGAAGGGUCCAGUGGGCUCUAGAAAUGGGCCAAAUACUGAGAUUGCCAUGGCCUGCACACAGUCCAGACAUGAACCCCAUUGAAAACAUUUGGGACACUAUAGCUCGAGCUGUAGGGAACAGAAUAGAUCCACCUACAACCCUAAAUGAGCUGGCUGCAGCAGUAAAUGAAGAGUGGAAUAAUUUACCAAAAGAAAAAAUUAACCACCAAAUAAUAGGAAUGCCAAGGUGUGUUAAUGCACAGCUAAGAUCUAGAGGACAUCGAACUGGUUAUUAAUUAUGUUUUAUUUUUGUUUAAAAUAAUAAUUUUUCUUUAAUGCUCAUUUUUAAAAAUAAAAUUUUUGGUACCUUACUUGUUCAACUUUCUUUUUCUUUUC